GCUUGUCUCAGUCGCGUGCGAUGACGUCACAGGGAAGCGACCCCCCCCGGUGCUGCAGAAAGGCAGGAAGAAGCCCGUAAAAGAUGCCUCCGAAAGGGAAAGGCGGCGGCAAAGCGGCCAAAGGAGGAGCAUCUUCUGGCAGUGACACAGCCGACAAGAAAGCUCAGGGGCCAAAAGGAGGAGGCAGUUCCGUGAAGGUGAGGCAUAUUCUGUGUGAGAAACACAGCAGAGCUCUGGAAGCCUUGGAGAAGGUCAAAGCUGGAGUGCGCUUCAGUGAGGUCGCUGCACAAUAUAGCGAAGACAAAGCCAGACAAGGGGGAGAUCUGGGCUGGAUGAGCAGAGGCUCCAUGGUGGGGCCUUUUCAGGAAGCAGCAUUUGCUUUGCCCGUCAGCAGCAUGGACAAACCAGUGUACACGGAUCCCCCCGUUAAAACCAAGUUUGGAUAUCACAUAAUCAUGGUGGAAGGGCGGAAAUAAUAAAUGUUAGACACUA